CCUCGGAUGUAAGAGUCCCAUCGGAAUGCCGGGGAGUGUUGCUUCCCGGGCACUCGAUAAACGAUUCGUUUGCCGGAAUUAAUGGGACGAGUCACAUCUUUUAAAUAUUUGCUCCCCUCGCUCGCAUUACCACACAGUAAACUCGCCUAGCGACGAUGGAGUAAAGUUUGAGUAACCAAAUAAAUCCCGCUGUCUCGGAUGAAGUCCGUUGAAGAUACGACGGUCGACAGUAUCUCGCAAAAUAAACGCAGAUGAUGAUAGUGAGAGGGAUGCGUGUAAAUAGAAGGUGGAAAAGUGGAGUGAUAAAAGGGAGCGCAAACACCAUGGAAUUCAGUCAAUUCGAUCCUUUGCUGGGUGCGCAGAGAAAUGCAAUGAAAGGAAAACUGCAAAACAAACUGCUUCGUACAUUUCACUAGCGAUCGAUGCAAUUUCUUAGUGAGUAAAACAUCUGGAUCAUUUCGUUGUCAUCCAGCAUUGCUGUUAACAUACCAAAGGGGAGGGCCCAGAAAGGGAACCCACUGACCAGACAAUUAAGCAAUUUAUUGUGCAUAUCAUACAAGGCAGCAUAAGCCUUGGUGUUGAAGUUUCGACGACGUUUGGAGAUUGGUUCGAUGUUUCACAAAAAAUCAUACCCCCUUUUUGAUUUAUCCAAGCACACCUUGAGUGAUCGUACAGUGAUUUUACUACUGAAAAUAUGGACGACGAAUGUACAGGGAUCUAACAAGAAAGCUUAUCAACGGAAUGCAAAGAACAUGAGAUCAGCAUCUUCAAAAACCCGCGCCCAUAACUGUUUCAUGCAGCAGCACACAUGAUUUAUUGCCUUCCUCUGCAUUGCUGAAGGUGAGAGGCGCCCUGGAGGCGCCGCGACGCGCUUUAUAAAAUGUAUGAACCAACAAAAGUGCUUUACCUAAGAAACCAAUCGAAACCAGUAGAGCAUACCAUAAAGGCAGACAACAAAAAACACAACCAACGGAAAUAGAUACACAAACCUUUCCCUGAUUUUACAGCAACACUUUCAUUGAGCCACAGUUUUUAACCACAGAUGAAUCAGUAACUCGGUAAAAAAACGUAGUUAAGUGGAUGUACGAAAGAUAGAUAAAGAUGAAUGUUUUAGAAUUCCGCCAAAUGCUUGGCUGCGACUCGUUCGUGCGGAUUGUUUUUUCUGGCAUAGGUUUGUGUGGAUAGGAGCUUGAGUAGAAGUAUGGUUUUGUCAAUCAUUUAAUUUAUAUUCUCCCAAGAUCAAGCGGCACGAGCUGUAGUUCCAGUUGCAAUGCUUUAGCCUGCAUCAUAUUGUACAUACGAAUCACGAAUCUCGAUCUCGAUGCAAAUAUAUCCAUCACGAAUAAAGUCACCGAAAAAUGCUUUCUUGUUGUGAUGCAGCACUGCAGCAAACGAUACAGCAGUAAAAUAGUAAAAAUCUAUCCGACAUUUUAAAACAAAACUGGAAUAAACUUUCAACACCGAGUGGCUAGCGAGCGAGCGUUUGGUGUAGCAGAUUUUUGUAAUCCUCAUCAACCACAAUCGUAAAACACAGAUUGCAGUAACAAAACAAACAGUUGUCUAUAGAAUAUGUUGUAUAUCUAGACUAGCUAGCAGAAGAAGUAAAUUAUGUGCAGCAGUAACAAGUGGGAAAGGUGGCAAACAGCGUAUAACAAGCGUUAGCAAAAGAUGAAGGCAAAUGGUUUAUGGAGGAAGAAAUGCUAAAACCAUUCAACCCACAAUGAUGGAACGUAACAAAUCUGGCCUCUCCUUUCCGCGCUGUACAUACAAAUCAGAACUAAACCAAACAUCCAGUAAUCCGCCGAAUAAACCGAACCGUGCAAAGCCAUGGCGCAAACUUAAUAAACAAAAAAAAAAAAACAA